AUGUCUAUCUCCCGCUCAAAAUCCACGACUCAUAUAUACGGCGGCGCCAUCCAAGGCCCUCAUAGUCGCGAGCAGAACAGGCCGCCUCGAGCUCAUCUGUCUCGCAGCAAAAGUGUCCUCGGACACCGUGAACUAACAUCCUCCCCGGUCGUGCGCUCCCCAUCAGGGGAACGCGAGGAUCCAUUCAACCUGUCCAACUUCUUCCCGUCUCACCUCGGUCUGGGGGAGUGGGGAUGGCUUCAGGACGAGACCAAUCACAUAGAGCGCUCUCCGACUCGCUCGGGCUACACCACCCCGUUCGCAGAGGAAGAUGAAUGGAUGCCUGCCACACCACCCGACGUGGAGACGUACAACAGGCCGCUGAACGGGGAGUUGGCGGAGGAGGCGAUUCAGCGCGAAGACAAGCUCGGUAUCUUGACCUUCGGUGACUUCCUCGCUUCACCGCAUGCUGGGAACAAGCACUCGAACGACCAAUUGGUAUCGCCGUAUUCCGAGUACGAUCUGACUGACGACGAGGCUCUGUACCACGCGUUGUCCGCGCAACGCGUCUCGCGCGGGCGGGCGACCGAGCGGGAGGCAGGGACUCAGUUGCGCGGGGGGUUUGACGAGCUUUUUGCUGCUGAGGCUGCCUCGGGCAUCAUGGAGGGCCUGGCGGACGGAGGAUACUCGCUGCUGUAUGGGGGCAUCCGGGGGGCGAUGGACUUGUUUGAUACGCAAUUCUAG